GGCGGUGCGCGCUGUCGCUUUAAGACAGACUCUGCCGGCGCGGUCCGGAGCCUUAGAAACCGGCCCCGGAUCGGGAGCCGGAGCCGGGGCCGGGCGGGCGGCUCAGGCCCAAGCGGCCGGAGCGCAGCGCAGAGCUCGAAACCGGGCGCCCGGGCGCGAGAAACCGCGGCCGCUGCCGCCCGCCUGGCCCCGCAGCCCCGGGCGGUCCAUGGGGCGGGCGCGGCGUCGCUGCGGGCUCGGGCAGCCCCGGGAGGCAGCCGCUUAGGCGCUGUGCUCUUGUCCCCGCAGGUCGCAGCCAGGGCGGCCGGGCGCGCCCAGCCCCGGCCCCUGGAGCGCCCGCCGCGGUCCCGCCUCCAUGGACGCCUUCAAGGGGGGCAUGAGCCUGGAGCGGUUGCCGGAGGGCCUCCGGCCGCCGCCGCCGCCGCAUGACAUGGGGCCCGCGUUCCACCUGGCCCGCGCCACCGACCCCCGCGAGCCGCUCGAGAACUCCGCCAGCGAGUCGUCCGACACGGAGCUGCCAGAGAAGGAGCGCAGCGGGGAACCCAAGGGGCCGGAGGACAGCGGUGCGGGUGGCGCGGGCUGCGGCGGUGCAGAGGACCCCGCCAAGAAGAAGAAGCAGCGGCGGCAACGUACGCACUUCACGAGCCAGCAGUUGCAAGAGCUGGAGGCCACGUUCCAGAGGAACCGCUACCCCGACAUGAGCAUGCGGGAGGAGAUCGCUGUGUGGACCAACCUCACCGAGCCGCGCGUGAGGGCUUCCGUGCCAGAGCAGCAAGAGGAUCGUUUCUUCCCUGGAAGCACAAAUAUUUAAUCAGAUAUUGGAGCAUGUUCCAAGCCAGACCGAAGUCCCACCCGGCCCACAGACUCCCAGCUAUAACCCCAGCUCUCUCCCCAGUUAGGCUGGCCAGCCCAGUGGGACAUGGAGUAAGACAGCUCUCAGUAGUCCUGAACUCACUAAUCCCGCCGGGGUUUAUGGUGGUAUGGGCGGUGUGGGGGUGGCAUCCUGCACUGUUAGUGCCCGAGACUGGAAAAGGCUGCGAUGCAGGGGUCUGGCAAGCGGGCUUCUGAAAACAGCCCAGGGCUGGAGGAAGCUGGGGAGGGUAAAGGGCGUGCAGUGGGAGGGUACGUGAGGAUC